AUGGCCAAAAGCAGCAACAGCAACCUCGUCACCACAUUCAUCCUCCUCCAGGCACACGAACCUUCAGAUCCACCUUCAAUCACAGAUGCCGGCUCACAAGCAGGGCAAGCCUUCAAUCAGGUCCUGCGCUAUAUUGCUGGCUGUACCGGCUUUGAUUCGCAGCUCUUCGGAUGGCCAUCCCAGCCUGAAGACAAGGACGUGAAUUGGAAUGACCACGGUGCGGCCAUCAUGCCGGGCACUCUGGCCAUCUUCACCAAUUGGAAGGACUCAUCCUCAGCAGGCAUCUUCCUAUCGCCAGCCUCGUUGAGACAGGCAUUCCAGGGCUUCACAACCUUCUUCGAGACUCCGAAGGCUGUGCCGAGCGCAGGUUCUCUGAUCAGUUUCGCGACUGCGCCAUUGGCUCUCAGCAUAACUUGGCAAGGAAGUGGUGCAGCUCAUAAGGACCCGGGUGCCGCUCAAGAUCAGUCUCGCCAACGACCUGAUGAAUCACGAAAGUGA